AUGAAUGUGGAGAAUGACGAAACGACCUCACGUGACAGGGAAGAUCGUAAAGAGCAGAAACGGCAACGACGUAGAAAGAGGCGAAAAGAGUCAUGGAAUGGGUCAGAAGAAAACCAGACCGAUGACUUCCCGGAGAAGCACAAAAUUGAUGUUGACGAAUUGAAGAGACGGAUCUCGGAGGAUGCGGAGAAAGGCACAGAAAGCAACGACCCCCCAGCAGAUAAACCUAGCUUAUCUCGGCUCCGACGACGGGAGAAGAGAACAAGUCGAGCGUUCGAUACCCUGUCAGAAUGUCGGAAGAUGUUCCGCCAAGAGAUGGCGCUGCUAGGAAAGGAGGUUGAACAGUUCCGCACUAUAUGUCAAAACCAGAUUUCCAAGUACAAACGACUCGUACUGGAACACCAGGACCAGCAUCAGAAAGAAAAAGAAAACGGAGAGACCGCUGAACACAAAAGUCUGUCCCGGACGGUGUCCGCCGAGUCAGGAGACCGUGCGUGGGAAGAAAUGCUGUCAAUUCUACAGGUGGACAUGGACUUUCUCAGUCGGAAACAGGCGGUCCUGGACAAGGAGCAACAAAUGUUGGACAAAGAGGAGUCCUUGUCACAACGACAGAAGGAGCUAGAGGAGUACGAGAAGGAGGUCAACGAGAUAGAAAGAAUGUUGGACAGGAGACAAAACCUGUGUAACAAGCGUCAGAGAGAGCUAGCAAGUCUUGACGACGAGCUUCUGGUGCUGAAGAGCGAUAUCAACACAACCAAAGAUCAGUUAGAAACUCGUGGAAUCAAUACAGACGCGGCUUCUGAUCGCGCCAAACAUAACUGUAAAUGCUGUGCGAAGAUGGACAUCGUGAGGAAGAACCUGUUUGAGAAGCAGACAUUUCUAGAGAACACAGUACAGAAGUACCGGACCGACCUGGCUACGGCACAGUCAAAUAUCACAAGUAAAGAUAUUCUACUCGUCAAACAGCAGCAAGAGAUUGCUGAUUUGAAGGACGAGAUAAACAAGAAAACUAUUAAAAUGCAUCAGCUGGAGACUCAACUGACUUUUACAUUGGAAGAAGCCAGAUCUUUGGAAAAGAAAUUUCAUCAAAUAUUACUACAGAGUGAUUCUUCUAUCAUUAUUAACAAUCAUCGUGAGCAGAGUCCAUCAACAAGUCCACAAAAACGUUUGCUAAAACGAGACUCAUCAAGGUCAUUGCUUCAACGCGAGUCCAAUUCUGCUGGUUCCCAUGAGCGUCAAAGACCAGAAGAAACAGGAAAGACAGCAAACAACAAUUUUACACGACAUCAUCCAAACUCCACUCAAAACAAUCACGACACGGAACAAGAUGUCAGAUCAGCAAUUCUGAACGGCAAAAGUGCAUCAUGUGUUGUUAUGUAG